ACGCAUUCUAUAUUAAAACAGAUAAACAGACUAUUAUUGCGGCAAGCACAAAUCAAAGUCAAUAAAUAUUUUUGUUGUGAAGACUAAAAUAGCAAUAAGAAAGUAAUAACAAGUAAAUCAAUUUUGCGUGGCAAUGGCGAACAAUAACUAUGCCGGAUUCAACUACGGCGGCACGCAGUACAACACGGGACAAGUCACCUAUCCGGCGGUAACGAAUGCAACAUAUGCAAAUGCCGCUGCCUAUCAAAAUGCUGCUGUGGCUGCUGGCCAAGGGGGCGGUGGUGGCCCCGGCGGCGGAGGUGGAGGCGGCGGUUAUGCAGCGGCCGGCGCUGCUGCUGGCGGUGCGCCCGGCUAUGGCGGCUAUGGGGAUUAUCGCAGCGCCAUGCAAUCGUACGAUGCCACAAAAACAUUCUAUCAGCAAGCGCCGGCCAGCUACAACACGGCCUCAGCGGCAGCAGCAGCCGCGGCAGCAGUAAGCAAGACACACUACUCGGCACCGCCCGUCAAGAAUCCCAAUUCAGCAGCCAAAGGCGGCAUGGGUAAAAUGGACAAAUCGAAUGGAGCGCCAAAGCCGCCACCCAAUGUGGCUGCAGGCAAUAGCUACAGUGGCUACGACACGGCACUCUACAAUGCGGCCAGCAUGUAUGUGGCCCAACAGCAUCCUGGAGGUCAGAAGCCCAACAACGGCGGCGGUGGCAACAACAGCUGGUAUCAACGCAAGAUGGGACCCACCAUCCCAGGAGCGGCUGCACUGCGUGGUUUACGUCCUAAGGCACCACCACGUCCACAGCAACUUCACUACUGCGAGGUUUGCAAGAUUUCAUGCGCCGGACCGCAAACGUAUCGCGAGCACUUGGAGGGACAAAAGCACAAGAAGCGCGAGGCAUCGCUCAAGAUGCAGGCAACUGCUACGAAUAGCACACAGAAUCGUGGCAACAACUAUCACUGUGAGUUGUGCGACGUCACCUGCACCGGGACUGAUGCGUAUGCGGCGCAUGUGCGUGGCGCCAAGCAUCAGAAGGUGGUAAAGCUGCAUCAGAAGCUGGGUAAGCCCAUACCUUCUGAGGAGCCCAAGAAAAUGGGCAAGAUUAACUUUGUGCCAGCUGCACCUGCUGCUGGUGCCGCUGGAGCUGCUCCUUCUGCGGCAGCCUCCUCAAUCAAGUCUGAACAAGCUGAAGCUGAAACCACUCCAGCAGCAUCUGCUGCUGCUUCUACUGAGAACAUGGAUGAUAUGGAUGAUUCGCUGGAGAACACCGACAACAUUAAGCCAGUGGGCGGCGAAUACAUCGAGGAAGUGAAGGACGAUGAGGGCAAAAUACUCAGCUUUAAUUGCAAGCUGUGCGACUGCAAGUUCAAUGAUCCCAAUGCCAAAGAGAUGCACAUGAAGGGACGUCGCCAUCGCUUGCAAUACAAGCGGAAAGUGCAACCCGAUCUGGUUGUCGAUUUCAAGCCAACGCCACGACAGCGUCGCCUGGCCGAGGCACGUGCUCAACGUGCGCUGAUGUCUUCGCAUCGUGGCGAUGAUCACGAGGGCAGCAGCUACUGGGAUGAGCAGCGCAAUCGCCAGUACACCGAGGAAUAUGACUACAACAAUUGGAUGUCGCGCAGCUUUGGAGGCGCUCAACGCUUUGGCCGCGUUGGCGGUGGUCCACCACCGCACUUUGGCAUGAUGCCGGGCGUCGGUGGCAAUGUGCGUCGUCCAGAGAGCACCGAUGAUCGUCACGCCAUCGCACGUCAUGCCGAGAUCUAUCCGAUGGAGGAGGAGCUGCAGACUAUACAACGCAUUGUUUCACACACUGAACGCGCUCUCAAGCUCGUCUCGGAUGCUUUGGUUGAGCUGCCCAAUACGCCAGCAGCGGAGGAGAGCGAUGCGGCUGUGGUGAAGAAGGAGAAAACUGAUAAACCGUCGGAGAAGGAUGGUCGUGAUAAUCAGAUAUUCUCGUUUCACAAGGAUGCCGACAAUGGCGGCAAUGUGGUGCGCAUCUUGAAGGGCGUGAUGCGUGUUGGCUUUUUGGCCAAGGGUCUGCUGCUCCACGGCGACACCGCUGUCGAGCUGGUCGUCCUCUGUGCGGAGAAGCCAACCACAAGUCUGCUGCAGCGUGUGGCCAAUUUGUUGCCCGACAAACUGAAGGAGGUGGCAGGUGACACGCAGGUCAACUAUCGCGUCGAGGUUAAUGCCGAGGAGGCUUCGGUUAUUGUUCUGGAUGAAGUGGUGGCAGUCAAGAUUACGCUGACAUCGCCACUGCUGCGCGAGGCUUGUGAUUCGGCCUCUGCAACAAAAGCGGAUGAAGCUGCCAAGACGGAGGAAGCCGCCGAUUCAGAGUUUUUGCCACGCGAACCUUGUUUACGGGCACUUGCUGAUUUACGUCAUGCCAAAUGGUUCCAGGCACGUGCAACUGGCUUGCAAUCGUGCGUGAUGGUUAUUCGUAUAUUGCGUGAUCUUUGCCAGCGCGUCUCGUCGUGGCAAUCGUUGCCACAAUGGUCGCUCGAGCUGCUGGUGGAGAAGGUGAUUUCGUCGGCUGGUUUCCCCAUCUCACCUGGCGACUGCUUGCGUCGCAUUAUGGAGGCUUUGUCAUCGGGUUUUCUGAUCAAUGGACCCGGUCUGUUGGAUCCCUGCGAGAAGGACCCGACCGAUGCUCUGCAGCAACUGUCAAAGCAGGAACGUGAAGAUCUCACCGUGUCAUCGCAGCUAUUUCUGCGUUACAUUGCUUUCCGCCAGAUGUUCAAAGUGCUUGGCAUGGAACAACUGCCAGCCAUGAAAUUUCCCAUACGUCCGUGGCGUAUUAAUCGCAAGCGACGUCGCUCAUCCGGCAAGGCAGGCGUUUCGGAAGCGGAUCCCGCUGACAUCGAGGAAACUGGUUCGGAUGAGAAGGUUGCCAAGAAGGAUAUAACUCCGGCUGUUCCCGCCACGGCCUAAGCAUCCGCCGCAGCACUCAGCAAAUUAGGAAUAUACUACGUAGUCUGUCGUCAAUAAUUAUGAAUCAACAAUUUUUCUUCUCAAUCUAAUCUUGUGUAAUUCAGAAACAGAAUUACGCCCCCGAUUGCAAAUGCCUAACUACUAUUUCCAUUGAAACUAAUUGAAAAUGGAUUGAAUAUUUUAUAUGUUUAUCAUGUCAAACAUGUUGCCGUCGUAUUUAUUAUGAAAGCAGCAACAAAGCAAAACGUAAAUAGCAAGAACCCCAAACUAACAAUAUAAUAUAAUAAUAAUAAUGAUUAAUUCAAUUAAUUGCAUUUUUUUCUAGAUUAUGCAGAACUCUUAAAUGCAAAAUUAUAUUCGAUUAGUCCGAUGGAAGCGUUGAUUCUCUAUACACAUCAAAUAUGUACUCAACGGCUUCCAUUACGCGUUUCAAAUAUUAUGAAAACAAAUCAAUUUUAAUAAAAAUACCUAUACAACAAUA